AUGGAAAUGCCUUAUAUAAAAAAUUUUUGUGAAUAUAUUGUGCAACCAGUUUCUAAUUAGGUUAACCUUGCUUUCAAGGAAAAGAGAUGUUAAAAGGAAGCCAUAGAGUAAGGAUCAGGAAUAGCUCCCUUUUGCUUUGGCAUUUUUGGAGACAGAUCUUGUCUUGUGGGUGAAGAUUCAAGCACGCAAAAUUUGUAUGACAAACUGAAGAAGGCAAUCUUCAGAAUCACCAUAGGGAUUUGUCUAUCACUGCCUCUUUAAAUGGUCAUAUAAGAAAAACCUACUUCAAUCCUAUUUCCUUUAAGAUGGUAAAGUUGA